UUAUGAAAGACCUACAAUCCAUGCAUGGUAAAUGAAAGGGGCAUGUUACUGUAUCAAAAGGGCCCUGAUUACCCCCAUGUUCCACCCAGCCUGCAGUUCGGCCAAUAUCGACCUGGUCCUCCUCAUCGAUGGCUCCAAGAGUGUGCGUCCCCAGAACUUUGAGCUGGUCAAGCAGUUUGUCAACCAGGUGGUGGACUCCCUGGAUGUGUCCGCCCAUGGGACUCGAGUGGGCCUAGUACAGUAUUCCAGCCACGUGCGUACAGAGUUCGCCCUCAAAAUGUACGAGAAGGCAGAUGACAUCAAGAAGGCGGUAUUGAACGUGGAGUACAUGGAGAAGGGCACCAUGAUGGGCCUGGCCCUCAAGCACAUGGUGGAGAACAGCUUCUCGGAGGACGAGAGUGCCCGCAAGAACAUCCCUCGCGUGGGCCUGGUCUUCACUGACGGCCGCUCUCAGGACGACAUCACUGAGUGGGCCAAGAAGGCCAAAGAAGCAGGUAUCACCAUGUAUGCUGUUGGUGUUGGGAAGGCCGUGGAGGAUGAGCUGCGUGAGAUUGCCUCAGAGACACUAGACAAGCACUUCUUCUAUACCACUGACUUCACUUUCAUCAACCAGAUAGCCGAGAACCUCAAGCUCAAUGUCUGUGCAGAGGAGAGCCAGGGAGAGAUUGAGGUGAAAGACCCAUGUGCCUGUGAGAGUCUGGUUGAGUUCCAGCAAGCAACAAUAUCCACUCUGGAGCAGCUGAAAACAAAAUAUAUCCUUCUAUAUACUGCACUUGUUCAUUAA